GAACAUGGACCUUCUGCCGACUGCGCCAGAUGCUCCCGAUGGCAACCACCGAUUGUACUCGGGCGACAAUAUCAGAGUUCUGUGUUCCAAAAUGGAACAGUGCCUUUCGCCGAAUUUUGCACAAAAAGACGUCAGCGAGCUGCAAUAUAUCCUCUCAAAGGAAGAAGAGAUGCUGGAACUUCAAAUGAGGGCUCCAAAAACUAUUAAUAUGAAUCAGAAUAUACAGACGCUGAUAGACCAUACGAAAGAAGCGGCCAGCUACAAUUUGAGAAUGGAGGGUACUUUAUCAGAAAGAGGAGCCCAGCUGCUGUCUUCAGUUAAGAGCAUCGAGAAGCUAUCCAGAGAAGUAUCUGAGCUGCAAGAGAAGCUGCAGAGUGCAAUCGAAUCUUGUGGACCCGAAUCUCAGUACUACAAUUUGCAAGUGGCAGUGUUGCAAGCAGACGAGGAGUGUGAGAAACUGAACCGAGACAUGUUCUCUGGGGGAGGGGGCAAUCAGAGGAAAAAGGGGGAGCAAGAGGAGAGUGGGGGGAUGAGUGUGGAGCAAUUUAUAGAGAAAUAUAGAGAGAAGAGGAGAAUUUAUCAUCUGAGGAGAGCCAAACAGCAGCAGUUUGAGAGACUCAUGAGAGAAGACCUCACAGCUACACGCAACAACAACACCCUCAAUAGUACUGCACACAAUAACAACUCAUCAUAAAUAGAAGAAGCUCAAUCGGUGUCUAUAAAUUACUAUUUAUUUAAUCUUUACUUAUCAUUAUAUUUUAUUUAGUACACAUUUUCAUACAGUAUGUUAGCUUUUCUGACAAAAUAGUGAGCAAAUAAAGAUAUUUUUGAUAAAA